GUGUGACAUCACAGCCAAUUAAACAGGAAAAGAUGGAUUACAUCAAGGUGUCAGUAGGAGGCCAUGGGUCAGACUCCACGACAGUGCCAUCCAGAGCAGGAAGGGUGUCGUCCCAGCCAGUCAGACAGGAAGAUCUGGACUACACCAAGGUGCCAGCAAGCGGCCAUGGGUCAGACAGCUCAGGAACCACGGUUAGAGGACAGGUGACCUCCAAGCUAAUUAAACAGGAAGAAGUGGAGUAUGUUAAGGUGUCCAUAGGAGGACAAGGGCCAGAAGAUACCACCGCUACAUCUAGAGAUGCGGGUGAGCCGGCCAUAGAUAGCAGCGACACUGCGGCCCCCACACAAUCCCCUGCCACUCCGGCCUCUAGUUGUCACGGAUCCCAGGCUGCCGCGUCUCCAAACCUCGGAGUCCCGCGUCUGCGCAUCGUGAAGUUCACCGAGAAGGAGCUGGAUGUCCUUGUGGACCUGGUGAUAGAGAACUAUUCAAAACUUUUUGGCAAAGAGGCCGACAUCACCCCCAGCGUGGCUAAAAAUGCCAUGUGGCAAGCUAUAGCCAAUGAGGUCAGCGCGGUGGGAGUGGCUUCCCGAACCAGUGACAAAGUCAAGAAGAGAUGGAAGGAUGCCAAGCGCAAGAUGAAUGAGAAGCUGAGCGAGGCUGCGGCCCACGUGGCGGAAACUGGGCGCCGCCCGCCGCCACACCUGAGGCUGGCCCCCUACGAGCAGCGGCUGAGAGAUUUCUUCAAGCCGGAGUUCAGCAAAGAGGUGGAGUGGAACCAGGACAAAGAAGAUCUGCCAGAGGAGCAGGAGGCUGAGGCCAUAGACUGUGGCCAGCAGGAGCCCCCCGCCAUCGUGGUCCUCUCUCCUCAGUGUCAGGACACCGGCGAGGACUCCAGCAAGGACUCCUCUGAAGACCCCUCCGUGGUGUCCCCAGAGAAUCGGCCGCCUGACGCCGUGGAGGACAGAGACCUGACUCUGGAGUCAGCGUCUGAGACACCUGACCAUCAUCUCUCCACCAUCAACAGCAGCCUGCACAGCCUGUCCUCCCACCAGCGGGAAUCCAACAUCCUCAUGCAGGAGCAGAACGCCAUCCUGUCCCAGAUAGCCUACUCCCUGACCCGCCUGCAGAUCCAGCAGACAGACGGACUGGCGGCCCUGGGCAGUAUUAUACAGAGGGGCAUAGAGGUCAUACACCCUGCAUCGUGCCCGGCGGCCAAUCAUCGGGCCCCCGAGCACCCAAGCAUCCCCUCUGGGCCCAGGCGGCAGGUUGUGGGCAUCGGCAGAUACAGUCCAGAUCAGCCUGUCCCCCCAAAAAGGAAAAUCACCUAGUUGGAGCCCCCCAUGCCCUGAGUGUCACUGUUAUGUUAGAUAGGUUUCCUGGGUCGAUGUGAUGACUUUUGUAGAAAUGGUGUCUGAUGUGUUUCAUUAAUGUUAUGGACUGAAUAAAUGCUAUAUUGAAGCAAUAUGA